GGAGGGGAAAUUAGAGAGGGAUACCCUGUCGCUAAUAGCUGUCACGGGGAAGAGGUUCCACUGAGUCGAGAAGCUUCAGAACCUCCAUCUCCAUGGCAAAUCCCUCAAAAUCGUCGAAAUGGACCGACAACGUUUCCUCAAUAGCAGCUCGCAUCUUGUUCCUUCUUAUCAUCUUUCAGAUCCCUCUUUUCAGGGUGAGUUGCAGAUCUGGCAUGUGUACAAACCCUUUGCAUGUCACAUCGUCGCAGUUAAUUGCAAGUGAAAUCUUUCCUUCUGUUGCGGUGAAGGGCCUUCUGUACCCAGGGGCUGCAGUGAACGGCCUCAUUCACAACAUGACCAUUCCAAGUUGGGAUAGUUUGCUGGACUUGUAUAAUUUGACCAAUGUGAAGGAAGCUUCUGCAGUUGCUGAUCUUCAGCGCUUGGAGGUUCUUGCCGGAAGCUACUUCUUAGUGGCAGGAGCACUUGUGGGUGUUCUGAAACCCGGAAGAAUGAGCGUGUUUGGGAACCUUCUUAUUAUUUGGGGACUGGUCAAAGAAGGGAUUUUAGGAAAACCAGUAAAUUCUGAUCCUUCAAAAGCUGUGUACGUCUAUCCAACAAUGGUGAUUGCUUUGUUAUGUGCUUUCUCGUCCGUUAAGUAUGAUGUGAAGAAGGCUGUUAGGUCAGCCCCUGUCAGGUCUUCUGCUAAACCGCUUCAGAGCUCAUCUAAGUCUAAGCUGAAAUAGGCGAUUCUCAUGUUGGCAAGUUAAAAUUGUACGCUUUCCACCCAAAUUCAUUUUGGAACAUUUAGGUUAGUUUUUCCAGAAUCAUUACUCAUUUUGCUACAACCCUUUUAAUCGAUUGAGCUUGUUGAUCCUUCGAUAGGAAAGAGGCUUAGCAAACUUAUUUAUACAUAUAGAUAUCAAUCAACUGAUUCAAGUGUUUGUUAUAUUAGAAUUAAUAACUAAUGAAGUGAUUUUUAA